AUGGUGUCUUUUUUCGGGUUGAAACUCGGGGCCGAUAAGAAGAAGAAACCCGCUGAGAAGACUGAGUUGAAGCCUCAAUGGAAGAAGGUUGACCAAAACACUCUUGGUCAAGGCCAAUUCUUCGGACAAGACAUGAACCGUCCCAUUCUCAUCAACGGAUCCCGCCCCGGCACAGCCAUGUCGAACAAGAGCUUCGCUGCUAACUUUCGUCAUCCGAAUGCGCCGUACCUGAAUGGCGGCUCAUCUUCCCUGGUCGAUCUGGGUGCACCUGGCGUCAAGGGUAUUCGACCUGUUGGGUCCGAGGCUAAUUUGAAUAUGCGCUGGAACAACGGUUCUGUGACCAGCUUGGGCAACAUCGCAUCUCCACCGAUCAUUACAUGUAAUGGAUCAGGAAGCAGACCGGGGACACCAAACUCAGCCCGGGCCAAGGCUUGGGUCAACCCUCUCGACGUCCACUUUGCUCGUGAUGGUGCUGGCUCCAGGAGCGACGGAGCUCUCAGCCCGGCGCCGAGUGCUGCACCAAGCGGGUAUCACUCUCCAAACAACAUAUCGCCUCUUCCUACGCCGACCGCAGCCAACGCACCUCGAAGCCCUCUUGGACAGUUUGAAUUCAACCUUAACCCGUCAGACUCGUCGAAAGAUGACAAGCUGACUCCGGCUCCGUUGUCGCCCACCAAGGCCUUGCCUUCGCCUCCUCAAUCCAUUAAUGGUUCUCUCCCGCCAUUGAGGACAGAUCUUAGACCGAAGACGGCAGUCACCGCCGUUCGUGAAGCUCACAGGCCGCGGCCGGCCGCACUUCCGUCCCCAACCGCGUCUACAGGACGCUCCAGCGACGAGGACCAUUUCUAUCCCAGGCCAAUCAUCCAGAAUGUGGCCGCAAAGAGGGACACCCUCACUAUCACCACGCCAAGAAGGCAGAGCUUUUCCAUGGAUAUCGACAAUGAUCCUACUGGACUCGAUUUUGGUAUGGCGGAACGAGGACGGACACUAGAGCGGGAGAGCCCAAUCAUUCCAAUAAGUCCUGUUGUACCAGUUAGCCCGCCGCCAAGGAGCGCCAGGCGACCGCGUCCGCCAGAAAUGAAACUUCUGCCGCAACCUCCCAGGAGCGCCGGCUUGCCGCCACCCAGACCGCAGCAGGUGCCAUAUGAAGGACCGCUGCGGAGCCCUGCUCGGCCUCUGGACGAUUGGCCCCCUGCUAGACAGCGUCAGGGUUCGGAUGCACGAGAGAUGAUCUCUCCCAUCAGAGACGCGGAACGUGCCCAGUACGAUAGCCGUGAACGACAAGGUCCAGAGCUCAGAGAGAGGAAAGAUUCCGGUGGUCGAUCUCGCGAUGAUCUUUCUUCCCCGCCGCAAGGAUACCUUGGACCCCCGCCGACCUCGAGACGGGUCGCCCCAGGCGAGGGCGAGCGGAACUAUGGAGUCACACCCGCAAACCGUCGACAGCCUCCGCCGCCCGUCGAACUGCAGCGCAAGGCAUCAAACCCGCAGCAAUAUCAGCCGCCCAGCUGGGAUGAUCGGGACGUCCACCACGGAAACUUCGCAAUGGUUUCACCUCGCAUGCAGUCGCCGCAGCCUCCCACGCCGAACAGCUUGAUUCCCGAGGCCUCGAACGAUGCGAACUGGCCGUUGCCGAGCCCGCUGGCAAGUCCAACAUUUGGAAGCCAGAGACCGCAGACACCGAAAGAAAAGGCAGAGGCUCAACAGAUGAGCCCACCGCCAGUGAUUCCUCCGCCUUGUGAGCGAGUUGACGCGAGACGGCCAGACUUUGGACUGAGGGCCCCGACUGGUAUUGCAGAUGAAUUUCGGGUAGGAUUCAUCUAG